CGUCGACUCUCUUUCUCAGCGUCUCUCCCCUCUUCCCCCCUCCCUCUCAGUGUGCCAUUGUCAAGUACCCGGCCUGGGGUUACAGACUCACAUCCUUCUAAAAUGACCAUCAAUCCUACUUACCUCGCGCAGCGCACGCGCUCCUCUGUCAACUGGACUGACGCCAAAGCCCGUGUCCUCAAGUCCUACAGAGAAUGGCUUAGAGCGUCCCCCGAGAUCCAGACCAUGUACUCCCUGAACAUGCCCGUAUCCGCCAUCCGCACCAAGGUCCGCCAGGAGUUCGAGAAGCACCGUUACGUGAAGCAGCUCGGUGCUGUCGAUGUCCUGCUAUUCCAGAGCCACUCUGAGUACCAGGAAACUCUUAACUACUGGAAGCAGCUUUCUCAUGUGAUGAAGUACUUCCGUCCAGAGGAGGACCCCGGUGCCCGGCUACCCCCUAACUUCAUCUCGGGCUUCUUGGAAGGCCGCAAUUGAAUUGAAUUGUUCUUGAGUAUCUUUGCAUUGAAAUCUUUACCUUGGUUCGGGGAUUGCACCGAUAGAGUGUUAUGUAAAUAUUGUCAGAGUAGCUAACGUCGGAUCUGUAAGUUAGCCGGUCCUUGAUAGGCGUAGUGUAGGUAUAGUAAAGUUACGUGCGAGAUCACCCUCAACCAUUCUUACGAGUUCCAGCAACCUAACAAAUCCGAGAAGAUACAUGCAGAUAGCAUUGGACGCUACCAUCUAAGGCCCACCCCGUUUACCAGUAUCCAGAAUUUGUAUGCACUACGUUGUCCAAAAAGCCCUACUAAGUGUGAACCAUAAGAAUGUCAUCAA